GAGAGAGAGAGACGCACUUCCAAAAAAGGAGAGAGCGAGAGCGAAAGAGAGAAAAGUUCUAGAGUUUUUGAGGUUUUAACAAAUGGCUUCAAUGGCAUCAACAACACCAAGCACCCAUUAUUUCUUUAAGAAUCACAAGAAAUCUUGCAAGGUUUCUAUCCCUUCACGUACUAUCAUUGUUUCUCAAUCUCAAGAAGAACAGCCUCACAAACCCAGUACUGACCAAGUUGGCCGGAGGGAAAUCGUACUAAGGAGCAGCGAAUUAGCAGUUGUUGGAGCCAUCUUCAACUUCAGUGGGAAAAAGCCUGAGUACUUGGGAGUUCAGAAAAACCCACCUGCACUAGCACUAUGUCCGGCUACUAAAAACUGUAUAUCAACGUCCGAGAGUGUCGGUGAUCUCACCCAUUAUGCCCCACCCUGGAACUACAACCGCGGAAAGAAAAGGGCUGUGAGCAGAGAAGAGGCAAUGGAGGAGCUUAUCCAAGUGAUAGAAUCAACAAAACCCGACAAGUUUACACCGCGGAUAGCGGAGAAGAAAGAUGAUUAUGUGCGAGUCGAAUAUGAGAGCCCCAUACUGGGGUUGGUGGAUGAUGUUGAAUUCUGGUUUCCACCGGGCAAGAACUCAAUAGUGGAGUAUCGAUCUGCAUCACGGCUAGGAAACUAUGAUUUUGAUUACAAUAAAAAGAGAAUCAAGGCAUUGCGACUAGAGUUAGAGAAGAAAGGAUGGGCUUCUGAAGACAGCUUUUGAGGGAUUUUUUCUCAUACCAGAAGAAUUAAUCAUAACAACAUUGUACCUUCACUUCUAAAAAAACAGCCUAUAAUCAUGUGGUGAUGAUCUUUAAUAGACUAGAUCAAAAGAAUUUUUAUCAUUCUUUAUUGUAAUUGUACAACCAGCAAAACUCUUUCAGCCAAGGCUGCAGAGCUUCAAAAGUAACAGAGAUUUGAUCUCUCCUGAAAUAAAGAAUAGAAGAAAUUAAAUUU